AUGUGCUGGCGGACGGCGGGGAGUGUGGAUGGUAUGGCACGAUGGCUUACCUGCAAUGCUCGCGUGGUAGCCGUCGCGCAGGACGGAGGGGAGGUAUGGAGUGAUCGUAUGACGGGAACGGACUAUGGCAUUGCGGACGACAAAGGAAACGAAGCAGAGAAGGAAAUGGAAGCAGAAGCGGCCGUGGAGGGUGGUAAGGAUGGGGCAGUGGCUGCUCUGCGGGUGACGGCGUCGGCGUCGCAGGAGGGCCAGGCCAGGCAAGGCAAGGUACAGGCUGGCUGGGUAAUAGAACUAAUGAGAGAAGAAAGCGUGAAAGAGAGUCCAGCAGCAGCAUGCAUGCAGUCUAUGCGCGGUCAGAAGCAAGGCAGUGUGCAGAGAAUGAUGAUGAAUUCCACCUUCCCAUGUAUUAGAACUAAGUUAGGGGAAAGGGGGCCUGCACGCACGGCGAAUCUGAUGAGAGUAGUAGUGAGACCAGACGACGCAUCCAGGGGUCCGCUCUCUGAAGCCUCGGAAGCUACCAGUGCAGAGCAUCAUCUACUGUAUUCGAUGCUGCAUAUUGUAUGCUGCGUGCACGCUAGAAACAUAUUCUACAUACAUGCCGACCAACGACGUCUAGGCAUGACGCAGCGCAGCAUGAUGAUGAUAAUAACAACAAUACCAAUUAAUGUCGAAGCCACCCGCCGUGCUCUAGCCGAAUAUCAUCAACGCUUGUCCCGCCCACCAGCAGACCAUCCCAAGUUCUGUGCUCCUCGCUCUUCUCUUCGCAGUCUUCCCACUGUCCACUGUCCAGUCCAACAGCCUGUGCGUCUUACCGUCUUCAACCAUCCACAAGAAUCCUGCUGCGGCCCGACCAAGGUAUAUGCAGUCAUCGGUCUCUGCUACUGCUGCAAGGACUCUCCCUCGACCGCGCCUCAGACAUGGUGCACGGUGGAGGCGGGAGUUGCUCCCGCUUCGAGGUACGGCGGCAUACAUUACAUGUACCUGCAGCGCAAUGCGUGCGUGCGUGCGUGCGUGCGUGCGUGCUCCGCCACCAUUGCUGCGAUGGAUGAUGUUGUCUUGUCACAUCACGCGUCCAUGGCACAUGUUGCUGGCCGUAGCGGAGGCCAGCGGAUAUGUUGGCCAAGAAUCUGCCAAGCAAACAAAGCACUCCCGAACAGCUUUGGCUCGCACGCGCAAUAUGAUAGUUAUGUUGGUGAUGUCGGCCGUGUUGCCAUGUUGCAGACGUCCGUUGGCCACCGAUCACCACGGCGACCCAACCAUCCAAAACUCUAUGUCUGCCUUGCCGGCAACGCCGAUCCCAGGCUAGACAGCCUCGCGCGCGUCGCUCAGGCUCUCACUGAGAUGAUUUGCACUGAUUCGACUGCAUGUCGUCUUCAAGCAUGGCGAUACUGCACGCACUCCGAUGCUCCACCCGCCGAAAGCCCAAUCGGCACAGUCAUGCAGAUGGAAGAUUGCAUUCGCCAACCGGAUGUUCGAUUGACUGAGCUGUAUGGCACGACGACGAGCACGCACAAACCCGAUCCUUCGGGCGGGAAAUGCUUCUUCGACCAUCUGUCAAUGUCGCAAGUGGUUGUCACGAAGCUUAGCGGCAUCAUCACACUUUGCCUGCUCCCGUUCAUCUACAAGAUGUUUGAGACAGCGUUUCAAUCCGACGCGAAACAUCAGAACCAUUGCCAUCCAAUGCCAUGCCGUGUCAAGGAAGAAAAUCGCAUGCCUUUCCCUGAUCGCGGCCUUACAGCUGCUAGAAGCAUGCGCAGUGUGAACAAGACCAAAGGACAUCCAAUCGCCUUACAUGCCGAGACUUGCUAUGAAGCUCUCGAUGAUCCUCAUAAACCUGUGCUCAAACAUUCCUGCAAUAUGCAGCGCCUCAGCAAUCUCGCAGGCCCCCUCACACCCCUCCUCUGA